CCCCAAGUCAGCACCCCCAUACGCGCUCUCUGCCUGCAGAAAUCAAGAGUCCCCUUCCUGACUCACGGUUAUCCGUUCUUGCUCAUCGAAUUUCCUCUUCAGCUGCGUGUCGUCGAAGUCGUCGACACCGAUAAACCCCGUCAAUCGUAACCUAUCACAAAACGCAAGAAAUGGCACCGAACACAACAGAACCGGUUCUGCCUCAAGCACCAGCAACGGCUGUCCCGCCUUCAUCACAAUCUCAACCGCCGUCACAGCAGGGCACCCAACAUCCAGUCGCAAGUCUUGAUCGGGAGCAGUUAAUGCAACUUCUCCAGCAUAUUCCUGGGAUGAUGAACAAACUCGUCGGGUCAGAUGGAAAUCUCAAAGCCGACGCUGCUCAAACUCUUUCCAACCUUUCACAACAACAACCUGGAUUCCCACCUCCUGUAGGAGCACAAUUACCUGCAGGUGUAACACUUCCUCAUGGUCUAGUACCACCACCACCAUCGGGACAGUUUCCUCCUGGUUUUCCGGGUGAACCAGGUCCCAACUCUCAUCCCAGGGGACCUCCGAAUCUGGGACAGCUGAGUGCAGCUGUCGCUAUGCAAGCUGCCCCACCACCACCACCGCCUUCAGGGCAACAACAACCCGCGGGGGGAGGGACAAAACCACCAGAGGAUGACGAUGGUGAUUUGUCGGAUGGUAAAGGCAAGAGUGAUGGUUCGCCUACUUCCACACCCGCACCAGGCUCCGCAGGAAGAAGAGGGGGGAGAAACGGAGCUGCUAUGGGUUCUGAUGAGUGGGCGAGGAUGAGAAAGGAUAAUCAUAAAGAGGUAGAACGUCGCCGAAGGAGUAAUAUCAACGAAGGCAUCAACGAGCUCGGGCGUAUCGUGCCGAACGGUUCUGGAGAAAAAUCCAAGGGUGCUAUCCUUUCUCGCGCGGUGCAGUAUAUUCAUCAUCUCAAGGAGAACGAGGCGCGGAAUAUCGAGAAGUGGACGUUGGAGAAGUUGUUGAUGGAUCAGGCGAUGGGCGAUUUGCAGGCGCAGCUUGAGGAAGUUAGAAAUAUGUGGACGGAGGAGAGGAACGGACGACAGAGGGUUGAGGCGGAGCUGGAGGCGUUGAAGAGUGGUGGAAGUGCGUCCGGUGCUGCUUCUGGUGCGCCAGAUAUCAAGCCGAAUGGGAACAAGCGGCCCAGCGAGGAGGGAGAACAAGGAAAAGAGGAUGAUAUAAAACGACAGAGGAUGGAAUAAAGAGUCUCUUAUGCCCAACGCACAAACGUUGUUUUUGGGACUCGCUUUCCUCCAAUAACUUGAAUUCUCUGGGGUUGUCAGUCUGCUCGUGUCUCGCUUGGUAUCUGUAUCUUAACUGUGGGUCAGUUUAUAUCCCCUUCGUGUUUGUUUCUUAAACUUUUUCUUCCCUUUUUUUCUCGUUUUGCUUUCGUCUGUAUCCAGUUCGUACGCGUCGA